UGCGUGAGGAAGAAACAACAAAACAUGAAAUUGAUUAAUUUGUAACAGGUAUUCAGAACUGAUAUCAUAGUGUGUUUUGAAAGGUGAUCUGGACUAGUUAUAACGCGUCGAAUCACUAUGAAAGUUCAGAGAAGAGUGAUAUUGCCGUUGGCAGUGCUUAUGGUUAUAGUGUUGGUGUUGUUAAUCGAACCCAAGGGUCAGAAAGCUACGUUAUAUCAAGCAGGUAGUGAGUUAUGGGAUUCAUUUAAUCUUGUUACCUCAUCAGGAUUAUCACUGACACAGAAACCAGAAGAACUACAGGCUAUCAAUGAAUAUGAGAAAGCGAAAGCCAUGGCCAGACCUGAUGGUGAGGUUGGUGGAGAAGAGAAAUCAAAGGAGGAGUUGGAGUUGGAUCCUUGUACCAUGAUAAAUCCUGCCAAUAAAGGAUUUAUUGAUUUAAGAAGUUUAUCAGCGUUUUCAAAUGAAGGUAAAGCUGUGCCGUGGAGUACAAGAGGGUUUGAUAGUGGGAAGAAUUAUACUUUAGGAAUAUGUUCUAAUCCAUUUAAAAAACAUCGUGAUGAUAUAAAUGAAAUUCAAGAUGGAUUAAAUUCAACUUUAAUUGGAGCUUAUUAUGUUGAUUCUGAAACUCAAAAAUUUGUUUCAUUAGGAGAAUAUUCUACAACUCCUAAAUUUAGAGGGAAGAAAUUAACUUUAACUUAUGAAAAUGGGGCUUAUUGUAAUAAAUUAAUGGAUACUGAAACAGGGGAAAGAUUAAGAAAAUCAACUAUAUUAACAUUUGUAUGUGAUAGAGAAAUGAUGGCUAAAGCUGCCAUAUCAUAUGUCGGUUCUUCAAAUGAUUGCAGUUAUUAUUUCGAAGUUAGAUCCCAUCAUGCAUGUCCUACCGCUGCUAAGGCAAAUAAUUUAGCAGCAUUUUGGAUCUUUUUAUUUAUUGUAUUUGCAGCUGCUUUAGUUUACUUUUCAGGUGGAAUGCUUUAUAAACAAAUGAAAGAAUCAAAAUCUGUAAAAGUAUAAUAAUACAUUAAAUCCUUUCCUACCUAGAUCAUUAUUGUCUCACUCUCUUCAUUUCUUUUGUACCAUAGUUUUAACUACAAUAAAUAUUUAUUUAUGAAAUUAACAAGCAUAUAUUCUUUUUUUAAAAAAUAAAAAUUUAAGUAUACAAAAAAUGGUAAAAAUUAACACUACUAAUAAGCACCACUUGUUAUGAUACUACUAAAAGUUUCAGUUUCUGAUUUGGCUUCAAUCUUAGCAACAACUUUACCUCCAGUUAAUGCUAAUCUAGCCAU